AUGUCUCAAUACGUUGACAACUAUAGUAAUAAUAGAAGUGAUAUAACCUCAAUAGAUCAAGAUACUGUGAUAAUGACGAACAAGAAUGAAGAAUCAUCUUCAAUCCCAAUGAGCAUGUCUACUACCCCUUCAAAAAAAUUGGUCAAAUUGACAAUGUUCAAUAGAUUCUUAGGCCAAUUUGAUCCAUUUAACUUCAUUUUCAAUAUGGGUAUAGGUAUUUCAUCUACUCUGUUGUACUCGUUCCCCUAUCCUGCUCAUUGGCUGGAGAUAUGUUCUUAUAUAAUGUUUGCUGUUAAUGUACUAUUAUUCAUUUUCCAACAGUUCAUGUUUUUCCUACAUUUUAUUUAUUUCUCCAAAAACUAUUCAACAAAACAAUAUUUUGAUAAAUAUUUUAGAAAUUUGACUAAAAGUGUCUUUUGGGGAACCUAUCCAAUGGGGUUAGUCACUAUUAUUAAUUAUAUAUACCUUCUGGGUAAUUAUUUCUACACAAAGGGAAGAAUCGUAGUGGCUAAACGAAUAUUUAGGCUGGUUUAUGUCCUUUGGUGGUAUGAUAUUGUCGUAUCUAUGUUUAUUGCAUGGGGGAUCACUUUCUUAAUUUGGCAGAAUUAUUACUUCCAAGACGGUUUAGGUAAAUGGAACUUCAAAUUUGAAAAAGUGGCCGCUGAACAUUUGAAAAGUAUUUUGUUAUUAGCUGUCAUCCCAUUAGUUGUUGGUUCUUCUAGUGUCUCUAUCUUUAUUAUGUCCGAUUUAGCCACUAUAACAUUGAAUAGGAAUGUCCAACUAUUGACUAUGGUUAUCGCUACUUUGCUUUGGUUACACGCUAUCAUAUUUGUCUUUAUUCUAGUCGGGAUAUAUUUUUGGUCUCUUUACAUUUUUAAGAUCCCACCAAUGUCUCAAGUGUUUACAAUGUUUCUUGUUUUAGGUCCAAUGGGUCAAGGUGCCUACGGUAUCCUACUAUUGACAGAUAAUGUCCUUCUCUAUACACAAGAAUACUAUUCAAAGGAUCCAACAAACAUUCUUUUGCUUUCUGUACCUUGGUCCUUUAAAGUACUUGGCCUGAUAUUAAGUAUGUCGCUAUUAUCAAUGGGUUAUUUCUUCACUUUCAUUACCCUUCUAGCUAUAAUCUCAUAUUCAAAAAGAAUUAUGCUGGUGUUAAGGGUGACAACACACGUAUCUAUCAUUUCCAUCAAGGUUUCUGGGGUAUGA